AUGUCCGCUCUCGGCCCCACCGUAACUUUCGAGCUUCACGUACGGUCAGUUCCUACUGCAUUGAGUAAAAAUAGAGUUGAGAUUGAACGAGUCCCUCACCUCUUACAGCUUGUGCUUCAAAUUCUCCCACCAUCACGCUCCAUCCCCUACAAGCUCAUCCCAGCGACCAUACUCGACGCCCAGUACAGAGUGAUAAGCCAUGAAAUUCGCGAGCGACGAACCACCCAGCCCUUUACCCCUGAAUUACGGGAGGCGCCUAUUGUUCAGGGAGCCCUGGGGUAUGGUCAUGUACCCAUGGUCGAGGUCAGGGAAGAGGAACGGGACUGUGUAUCGAUGCUCGGGCGAGCGGAGUGGGAUAUCUCGUGUGCCGUUGCCGGCUUCGAUCAGCAGGAUUGUUUUGUCCGGAGCUCAGUCGCCAGUCGGGACGCGAUGAAGAAUCCGGAUGUGCCGCCUUGGAGAUUCUAG